AAUAAUUUUAUAAAUUGAGCAAGAAACGGUUUACAAUAUUCUUAUAAUAUGUGGCCAUGAUUCUCCAUCAGUGCCGUAUAACUUUGAUUUCUUCAACUUUCUAGCGUUGUUAGAUCAAUGCCCAGCAAAAAAUAAAUAAAUAGAUUGUGAUGAAUAAUUCAACUUAUAGACCAAUUAAAUAUAUGUUUCCGUGUUUCGGCGAAAUGUGGUGCCACCUCAUGCACGACAGCGACAAUGAGAUGAUAUGAACAAGAUGAGAUCGUUGUUCCCAUGCAUUACUUAGCAACUGGUUGGUUGACUUGAUAACGUUGUGUGGGUUUAUAUGAUUCUCAAGGUUUCUUCAAAAUCUAUACAACAUCAAGAGCGCCCGUCCAUUCAUUUUUGAGGUGCGGGAAGUUAUGAUUCCUAGUAGUAAACAUAUCAUAUGUCUGCCUUUCUUACUCUUCUCGCUCCUCACCUUUUUGUUAGCUGCCUUGUACUGCUCCGCCAUAGAUGAUACAACUGUUAUAACAGAUACUCAAACUUUAACAUCCGCAGGCGAAAUUUACAAACUAGGCUUCCUCAGUUCUCCAAAUUCUAGCAACCGUUAUGUUGGAAUUUGGUUUAAUAAGGUGGUGACAGUACAAACUAUUGUAUGGAUUGCUAACAGAGAUAACCCAAUUGAUGGUUCAUCUGGAGUUCUAAGGAUUGCGAGUAAUGGGAAUCUUGAGAUUUUAGAUGGACGGCAGGUUUCUGUUUGGGCUACAAAUAUUUCUAGUAUUUCUAUGAACAACUCCGUGGUUGAGCUAAUGGACUCUGGGAAUCUUAUUUUGCGACAGGCAAGUGAUGGAAGUAUUUUAUGGCAGAGUUUUGAAUACCCCACCGACACACUUUUACCAUCGAUGAUGGUUGGUACCAACAGGAGAACUGGAAAGACACAAAUGCUUACGUCUUGGAAGGGUGAAUCAGAUCCAUCGACUGGGAACUUCUUUUCAGGGCUUGAGCUUAUUGAUAAUAUUCCUCAGGUAGUGACUUGGAAUGGACCGAAUCGCCAUUGGCGGAGUGGACCAUGGAAUGGUAGGAUCUUCAUUGGCGUCUCCACCAUGUAUUCUGUUUAUUUAGAUGGUUUUAACAUUAUUAAAGAUGAAGAUACGGUAUACUUAACUUAUGAUCAUAUCAACCGGUCUUCCUACAGAAGAUUCGUUUUGGAUAAUAAUGGAGAAUUGCAGGGACAGCGGUGGGAUGAACAGAAGAAUGUAUGGAGCUUGUACUAUUCUGCUGAGGCUAACGGUGAGUGUGAGGCUUACGGAAAGUGCGGUCCUUUUGGAAUCUGUAACAUAUUAGAGUCGCCAAUUUGUUCUUGUUUGGAAGGAUUUGUUCCUAAGCUUAAGGAUGAAUGGAGACAAGGAAUAUGGUCGGGUGGAUGUACAAGAAAAAUGGAAUUGAAAUGUAACCGAAAUGACGAUACUAGUAGUGCUGAAGGAGAGAAAGAAGAUGGGUUCUUGAAGAUGGAAAUGAUGAAAGUGCCGGAUUUCGCAUACUGGAGAACUCCCCAAAAUGCCAAGGACUGUGAAAGAGACUGUUUGAGCAACUGUUCAUGCUUAGCUUAUUCUUAUGAAGGGAGUAUCGGGUGUAUGAUUUGGGGCCAAAGUUUAGUUGACAUAAAGAAGUUCCCUAAAGGCGCUGGGGCUGAUCUUUACAUUCGAGGGGCAUAUUCAGAACUUGAUCCAAAAAAGAAAUUACCGAUUAUUAUCAUAUCGACAACGCUUAUAGCACUAAUCCUUAUCAUUGUUAGUGCAUGUGCAUACUUAUAUCGGAGGUGGAUGGCAACUAAAAACAAAACUAUCGGCAACAAGAUAAAUGAAGCAUCUUCAAAUCUUAAAUUAGUUGGAAACAACACUGAUCUUAAAGUCUACAGCUUUGGAAAUCUAGCAGUUGCCACAGGCAACUUUUCUGCAGCUAAUAAGCUUGGCGAAGGCGGUUUCGGUUCAGUGUAUAAGGGAAUGUUGAGCGAUGGACAAGAAAUAGCUGUGAAGAGGCUUUCUAAGGGUUCAACACAAGGUUCAGAGGAGUUUAAGAAUGAAGUUGUAGUUAUUUUAAAACUUCAGCACCGUAAUCUAGUUAGAUUAUUUGGAUGCUGCAUUGAAGGGGAAGAAAGGAUGUUGAUCUACGAAUACAUGCCCGAGAAAAGCUUGGAUGCAAUUCUCUUCGAUUCCGCGAAGCGACCACUCCUAGAUUGGGAAAAGCGAUUCAAAAUUAUUGAGGGAAUCAGCCGAGGGAUGCUAUACCUUCACAGAGAUUCUAGAUUAAGAGUAAUUCAUAGAGAUGUUAAGGCAAGUAACAUUCUACUGGAUGAAGAGAUGAAUCCCAAAAUCUCGGAUUUUGGCAUUGCGAGAAUAGUCGGAGGCGAUGUAACUCAAGCAAACACAAAAAGAGUUGUUGGGACAUAUGGUUAUAUGUCACCUGAGUAUGCCAUGGAAGGAAGGUUUUCAGAAAAAUCCGACAUUUUCAGUUUCGGAGUGUUGCUACUAGAGAUUGUUAGCGGCAACAGGAACAGUGUGUAUUACAAUCACGAGCUAUCGUUAAGCCUUUUGGGAUAUGCUUGGCAUUUAUGGAUUAAAAACAAGACAACACAUUCUCUGAUUGAUCCAACUCUGGUGGUCGAACCAAGACUUAAAACAGAAAUCUUGAGAUGUAUUCAAGUGGGAUUAUUAUGUGUGCAAGAGUUUUCCAAGGACAGACCAUCAAUGUCUAUAAUAGUUACCAUGCUUACUAGCGAAAAUGCGACCAUUCCAAUUCCAAAGCAGCCAGCAUUUAUCGAAAGGAGUGUGUCGUUUGAAUCACAGAAUGAUGUUUCUAUGACAACUGUUGAAGGUCGUUAAACUGUCUUACAAAAUUGCGCAAAUCCUAUUGCAUUUCAUUUCUGUUUUUUUCUUUUUUUUUUUGAUAAAUAAAAAUUUUAUUAGCUAGUUUUGGUCUUCAGCAAAAAGAUUACAAAGUAUUGCAGUAAA